UAUCGAACAACGAACAGUUACCUGCAGCUUCCCUUUGGCUUUCUCAUUCUGUCCUCUCAGUAUUUUCGAGGCUACAGUGCGACAUUGAAAGGAAGAAACAAGAAUAUAGGAGGUAGCCUGCAAGAAGUGAAGCAGCUUCAACAAUUAGAGAAAAUAAAACGUAUUGAUGAACAACAAGUUUUUAUAGUCAAACCAUCAGUAGGAGUAGACCAGAACCGCAUAUCAAUCAGAAUGUUCGCAGCGAAACUUUCCAGCUCCCUCACCCGACCUGUGACUGGGCUCAGAAUCGGCACAGCUGCCGCGUCAGGGAGUAGAGCGCGCGGAGCAGCAAGAGUUUUUGCGAAUGCUUCGGUGCACCAGCUCUCGUCCUCGGCUACAACUACGGUGGGAACAACAACAGCUUCAGGAAAUGUUCUUCAACAGCGAGCCUUUGCAGCGGACGCCUCCAAUCCAGUACACGGGCAAAUACAAGAGCUCGUGAAGAAAAACCGUACUUUUUUUUCAAUACUGAUUUGAGUUUAUGACUCUUUGUCGCGUCAAUUAUCAAUUCAUUGUUCAUCUAGAAGGAGAUGGCAUAAGCAGCAUGUGCAUGACGAAUAAUCACGGCUCAGCAGCACUUUUAGGUUUUUCUUUUUAAUUUUAACCACGCACCCGCCACUGACCACUUGCUCCAAUUUUCGUUUCACCCAACGAUAACGAACAGCCGUCAUGCUGUUUAUGAAGGGUAACCCGAUUUUCCCGCAGUGUGGGUUCAGCCGCACGGUCUGCGAGGUUUUGAAACGGGAGGGCUUCGAGGGAAAAUUCGAAUCGCUGAACGUGCUGGAGGACGAAGCAAUACGGGAAAACGUCAAGACUUUUUCCGAUUGGCCGACGAUACCACAACUGUACGGGUUUUAUUGCUGCUUUCUUGGCAUAAUUUGUGAUUCUCUCUUCCUGUAGUUGUUUCCUAUCAGACGUGUUCGAUUUGCUCCAGCACAAUGCUGCUGGAAUGCCAUAGCCAUUGCAGCCACCUGUCGUGCCUGUGGUCAUGAUAGAAGAAAGUGCACGAGAAUUUUAAGUGAAGGGUUCUUGUUUGUUCGAAAAACCCAAGAAAACGCUGUACAGGUAUGUGAAUGGAGAAUUCGUCGGCGGGUGCGAUAUUGUCCUGGACAUGCACCGACAGGGCGAGCUGAAAGAUGUCUUGGCCAAAGUCGAAGCUGCAAAAUAGUGGAGAGCAAUGUACUAAACAUCAAAGAAGUUCCGACCCGUGCUUGCGCGGCAUCGAGCAACUAGGGACUGAGACGCUCUUCGCAUUUUUCAUUGUCCAGACUGUGUGUAAGUAAAAAUAGAUACAUUCUGCUGGUAGUUGGAAGUAGAAGUACAAACUGCAGCAAAAAAAAAUUCAGGUUUAGCAGACGUAAAAAGUAUACGAAAAGCUCUUCACGUGAAAGUAAGCGAGACGGUAUGUGAUCGCUCUCUCCUGAACAACAUACAAGAUUGGUUGUUCCGCCGCUUUUCUGCAAGUUGCACCGCUCGUGUGCGUCGUGUGAU